AUGGCACCACAGAACAUGAAACUGAUUUACUUUGAUGGCAGAGGUCGGGCUGAAGUAUCUCGUUUGAUUUUGGCUCUUGCAGGCCAGGAAAGAACAAUCUAUAGAUUUAUAUUGCUCUCUUUAUCAGGUACACCAUUUGGUCAACUUCCAGUUAUUGAAAUUGAUGGCAAACUAUUUGGACAGAGCAUUGCCAUAGCAACAUAUCUUGCCAGAGAGUUUGGCUUUUAUGGUCAGUCUAAUCUUGAUGGACUUCUGAUUGACCAGGCUGUCCAGUUGGGCAUGGAUUUACUGAGAGUUGGCUUUGGGGCAUUCAUGGAAAGUGAUGAGACUAAGAAGGCAGAACUGACAAAAACUCUAAAAGAGGUUGAAGUCCCCAAAUUUUACGGCUUCUUUGAGAAGCUUCUGAAAGAAUCUGGCACCGGCUAUUUUGUUGGAAAUUCUCUGACAUUAGCUGACAUUUUUGUCCGUGAUGUGGAGUACAACAUUUCCUCCCGCGAUGUUGCAACUGCUGAUGGGUUUCCUCUUCUUCAGGAUCUUAUCAAGAAAGUAGACACCAACGAAAGGAUUAAAGCUUACUUGGCAACCAGAAAGGAUACUCCAUUUUAG